CUUCAGUCACUCGCGAUCACUCGAACGAAUCGGUUAUCCGGCAUUUGGCAUUCGGCAUCCGGCAGCAGGUGUGAGAUGUUUUCUCGUGGUGUUUAGUGUUGUUUCGCGUUGUUUUCAGUUGUUUUGAGCCGAGAACUCUCCGCUCAGCGGCGACUGCGAAUGCAAAUGCAAAGUGCAUGUGCAGCCAACAGCUUUAUUUUGUUUUGGUUUUUGAUUUUGAUUUUGGCUUUUGAGGCAGCGCGAUUCGCGAGUUCUGUGCUGCGUUUUCAAUAAACGCGUUUGCUUUUGGCCUUUUCUGCUGCGUGGGCGCCAAUUUCAUGUGGCUGUGUGUCGCGUGUGUGCAUUAGCUAAUGUGUUUGUAUUGCUAAUUAAAACGGCAGCAAGAGCAACCGCAAAGUGGCAGCAAGCGGCAAAAAAAAAAAAAACACAGCAAGCAGCAAGAACCUCUGAAUAAAAGCGAAACAAAGUGCAUUCGAUAAGUACGAUAAACGAAAUUCAUUCCCGAUCCAAACCCGAUUUGCGCACCCAAUUGGAUCGACAGCCAGCCAGCCAGCAGGUGUUUUUCCCCACCGCAUUUCCCAUGAUUCAGAACACGAGCAGCAUUCGGCAUGACGUGAACUGCUUAGAUAUUCCAUGCGAGCACCCCAACCUUUGCAACUAGCCGCCCCAAUCGAUCGUCUCACUUCGAUUCGAUCCGAUUGCUGCCCUCCCAAAAAUAAAGCGUCCAUCUUGGGGACGUGAUCCGUUCCAAGAAAAGAAUCCCCCGAAAAAAAAAGUAGAAACCAAACAACCCAAGCCACCACGAUGGACUCACGCAUCGGCCUGGACUACAUUGUCGAGAAUCGUGACUACAUUGCUAAGCUGGGCGCUGCCCUGGACACCCAGAAUGCCACCGUCAAGAAGCAGGUCUUCGAGCUCCUCUCCGCGCUGUGCGCCUACAGCCCCGAUGGAUAUGCACGAGCCAUCGAAACCCUAGAAUUUUACAAGAAUCUCAAGAAGCAGCGAUACCGCUUCAAGAUUGUCAUCAACGAACUGGAGCUGUCGAGUGCCGCUGCCCAUCCGCCCCUGGACUACCAGGCCGCCCUGCUGGCCUUCAUCAACUGUGUCAUCAUCUCGGCGGCCACUCUACAGGAGCGGAUUCGCAUUCGCAACGAAUUUAUAGGUCUCAAAGUUUUGCCGCUGCUCAAUAACCUAAGGCUGCUCGAGGCAGGCAACGUGGAGUCGUCAGCAUCGCCCUCGCCGCCGCCAUCGCUCUCAUCGGAGUCCGCCUCAUCGGCGACGUCACCCGUUUCCGGUUCCGCUUCCACUUCCGUGACGCCAUCGCCAUCGCCGUUGCACCUGCAGCGGCGGCUCACAUUUUGCGGCUCGCUGUCCCGUUACAGCUGCGCCGCCUUGCAACUGGUGCAGAAUCUCAAAAAAGUCGCACAAAGUGUGGGCGAUAUCAUUGUACAAUUGGACGUAUUCGUGGAGCAGCAGGAAUGCGACGAGGCCCAGAGCCUUCAGGCGCCCGAUGGCAUCAAUCUCAACUCGCAUCUUGAUGUCUUCUACGCCAUUUUGCGACAGGUGGCUGAUACGCCACAGGAAGUGCCAUUCCUCAACAUACUGCAGCACCUGCUGCGCAUCGAUCCCAAGGAGCCGCUCAGCGACAUCAUCUGGGACACCACAGAGCGUCUGGUCCACCGCGCCACGCUCCUCGAAAGUCACGAGGAUUCAGUGCGCCUGCUGCGCACGCCCAGUAGCCAGAAGUUCGCCUGCCAGAGUUGUCGCGGCAGCGAUGCCAGCAGCCCCACCCGCAAGCCCUCUCAGCCGGUGGGCGUGUCGGCCAAGACGACGCCUCCACCACCCCCACCACCCAUGGCACCCGCAGCACCACCGCCUCCGCCACCGCCGAUAAAUGGGGCAGCACCGCCACCACCGCCACCGCCCAUGAUCAAUGGUGGCGCAUUGCCUCCGCCGCCACCACCGCCCUCUAUGCAAAUGGCCUCACGGCCCAGGACACCAGAUCCCUUGGCAGCGGAGGCGGUGGCCACUGCCAUACUGCUGCCGCAACAGGACACACCCGCUCCCAAGGCCAAGAUGAAGACCAUUAACUGGGGCAAGAUACCGCACAACAAGGUCCUGGGCAAGCAGAACAUCUGGAGUAUUGUGGCCAGCAAUCACCAGGACAGCCCGAUGCAGGACAUCGACUGGAACGAGAUGGAGGGACUCUUCUGCCUGCAAACAGCCAGUGCGCAGGGAUCACCAAAGUUGGGACGGGAUGGCAGUCAGGCCGCCGCCGGAUCCAAUGGCUGCGAUACCCUGGACCGAAAGUCCAAAAAGGAGAGCACAGAGAUCACCCUGCUUGACGGCAAGCGAAGUCUGAAUGUGAAUAUCUUCCUGAAGCAAUUCCGCACCAGCAACGACGACAUCAUCCAGUUGAUCCGGCAGGGAGCCCACGAGGAGAUCGGAGCGGAGAGAUUGAGGGGUUUGCUGAAGAUAAUGCCCGAGGUGGAUGAGCUGGACAUGCUGAAGGGAUUCAACGGGGAUAAGGCACGACUGGGCAAUGCCGAGAAGUUCCUGCUGCAGCUGCUCGAGGUGCCCAAUUACAAAUUGCGGAUCGAGAGCAUGUUGCUCAAGGAGGAGUUUGCGGCGAAUGUGGCCUAUCUGGAGCCCUGUAUCAAUUCUAUGCUCUAUGCUGGCGACGAUCUACUGAAUAAUAAGACUCUUCAGGAGGUCCUUUACAUGGUCGUUGUGGCUGGAAAUUUCCUUAACUCCGGCGGCUAUGCAGGAAAUGCGGCGGGCGUGAAGCUAUCAUCGCUGCAAAAGCUAACUGAUAUCCGGGCGAAUAAGCCGGGCAUGAACCUCAUUCACUUCGUGGCUCUUCAGGCGGAGAAACGCAAUCCCGAACUGCUUCAAUUCACAGGACAACUGAGCAACCUCGAAAGUGCCAGCAAAACAACAUCAGAGCAGAUCAACAAUGAAAUCAACACACUGGACGGCAGGAUCAGAAGAAUAGCCAGACAGAUCGAACAACCUGCCACGGAUGUGGACAUCAAGGAGCAAAUGGCCGACUUUUUGCAGGCCGCCGAAUCCGAGCUAUCCGUCCUCCAAGCUGGCAUGAAACAAGUGGAGUCAAUGCGGCUCAAAAUGUCCGAGUUCUUCUGCGACGAUGCGGCCACCUUCCGGCUGGAGGAGUGCUUCAAGAUCUUCCACAAUUUCUGUGAUAAAUUCAAGCAGGCGGUCAAGGAGAACGAGCGCCGCCAGCAGCAGGAGCAACAGGCCACGCUUAGGAGGAAGCAGCGCGAGGAGCAGCUGGCCCGCAGAGCCAGACAGAUUGGUCAGGCUGGAACGCCAGUUUCGGACUCGGAGCAUUCCUUCUUGGGCGAUGCUAUCUUCGAUCCUAGGGCUAGUCCGGCGCUGAGUCGCCGCCACCUGGGAUCCGGAGAGAUCAGCAAUGGUUUCAUCCGCCUGGAACAAGACGGAGCCUCUCCGGACAUCACACCCAACGGAAGUCUGAGGCGUCGGCGUAGUCGAGUUCUUGCCGAGGAGGAUGACCUGAUGGAGUUCCUUCGGAGUUCGACGGGUCCUCACCACGAUGGACACAAUAGCAGGGAGCGGAAGGCGGCCUACGGCAGCUUGGAUCGCUCGUGGGCUCGUCGUGCCCGCUCCGGAAGUUCCAGUCGCAAACGACCCGAUUUGCUCAACAUUGACUUUGGCAUGGAUCGUGAACGGGCCAGCUCCCCGGCUCCUCUUCUUCAGCAGCAGCAGCAAAAUGUCCAGGAGCGACUGCAAUCUCCAUUGGCCAGUACAGCUGGAACGCCCACAACGGCAGCGAAUACGCCCACGGGCAGUGGAUCGGCGAUUGCUCAGACGCCAUCUAAUAACGAGGAUGCGAAACCAAGAAUAUCCCGUGAGUGGCGCCAGAAGAUCGAGACGUGGCUUCAAUCCAACGAGAGCGAUGAGAAGCAAAACGAGGAGUACAGGCGGAAGCGUCGUCUGGUCAACGCCAAUAGGCGAUCGCUCGAAAACGAAACUGAAAACGAACGAAAACUGGACCCCUUGCCGGAGGAGAAGAUCCUGCCUUCGACGACGACAGCUACGCCAACGAAUACGCCUACGACCACGAAUCCCACUAACUCCACUAAUAGAAUGGAUCAGGAGUCCGGCAAAUAUCAGCGCGUCUAUGCCGACUGGAAGCCCUCGAGGACGCUGGAGCAGACGGACGUGGUGGCCAAUCUGCAGGCCAUUGCCGAUGCCCAGCCGCACGAUGCAUUGCGUCAACAUCGCCGACAGCGAUCGCAGGAACAGCCGAGUCCCAUAGCACUUCAAUCGAUAGCCGAGGAGGAUCGUCGAAAGUCCCUUAUUCAGAAACAGGGUGAAAGGGACAAGAGCAACGAGCGGUUGCAAAUCUAUAUCAGGCGAUCCUCCAGCCGGGAACUGCAGCCUGCGAAAACGGAGGAGCAUCCACUGCCACCCAAGUCACCAAAGCCACAAGUGUCCGACGACACCUUUGCCAGCCUGCUCAGUCACCACAAGACCCAAAACGAGAUGCAGGGCUCCUCCAAGGACGUGGAUGCGGAUAAUAUAGAGACGCCACCAGUGAGCCGACGGGUCAUAGCCACGCCCACCACCACAGUGGUCACGGUGAGCAUGACGGAUAAACCAAAGGCUGCGACGGAGGAGAAGAUCAACCCAGCGGAACAGGAUGCGCCGGGUCACUUCGAUCGCCAUGCCCUGGCUCGCCGCACACGACGCUACAAAAGACCCACGGACUACAGCAGUGGCAAUGAGGAGGCGCUGACCACCAGCACAGCAGAGGCAAAGACUUCUCCAUCGAAGCCAGAGCCACCCGCACCCGAGAAGUCCAAGCAGAAGGAGCGCACGAUCAACAAGCUGGAGAAGGUGGGUCGCCACAUAAGCUCCAUCAAUCAGGAGGAUGUAAGGGAGGCCAUUCGGAAUCUUAAAUCACCCACGGGAACUCCAGAACGACCUUGGAGUCCGCCACGGGAUAUCACACCCUCCAAGCUAAAACUGUCCGCCAGUGGUCACCACGAACUGAAUGACGAAGGCUUCGAGGAGACUCAGAGUCUUGUGUCGGACACUCCGUCUCACGGAAAGGGCGAGAGCACAAACUCCUCCUGCAACGAGGGUGUAAACGAGACUCCUGCCCGCCAGCGGCCGAUGCAGAAGCAAAAGCCCACAACCACCAGCAUCAGCCAGAUGGGCAGUCGGUUGGCCGAUCGCCUGCAGCAGGCCAGGAUGAAGAGUUCCGGAUCCUCAGGAUCGGCAGCCAGCAAGUCACAAAACCAAAUCCCUGCCACCCAAACUGCAACGGUCAAGAGGAGCCUCUCCGCCAGCAGACCGCUGCGCAUGCCCAACGGUCAGCCGUUGGCCAGUGCAGCUCCGCUGAGAUCCGCAUCCACUGUGAGACGCUCGCCGCAGGAGCAACAGGUUCUAGCCGGCGUGGAGCGGAGCAGUUCGAGAAACAGUCUGCGCUCCUCGCGAUCGUCCAUCAACAGUGGAGCCUCCACUCAAACUGUAGUGAGACGACUGCCCGCCGUUCAGCGAGCGGGAGCCACUGUGUCCGUUGACUCCUCGCCCAGCAAAAGACCACUGGCCGCCCAGAAUCUGCGACCUACCCAGGGACGUGGAGUCCCCGCCAGCAGGAGCAGCAGUAGCGGGUCGAGUGUGGGACCCAGUGUGAUCUUGGUGCGCAGCAAGAUGUCCAACACGGCUCCGAAAUCGAGUAUCCAUGGUAGCACCAGUUUUAAGGAAAACCAGUCCCAGUCCCAACCCCAGUCACAGUCCCGAAUGAGCGCCGCUCGCAGCGUGGUGCUGGUGAAAAAUGCCCUGAACCAGCAGCAGCAGGCCAGGAUGAGUGCGAACCCCAGUCCGCAGCAGAGGAGCACUAGCAGCAGUCGAUCCGUGAGCAGCUUCAUGCGACCCACGGCCAGCAGUGCCACCAAGCGACAGAAGUGAGGGCCGGCAGUCCAGUCCAGUUCAGUCAUCGUCCAAGUUAACGUCCCAAGUUUACACAUGUUACAAACGCGAAUGCAUCCAACUCCAAGCCGUCCAAGCGACAAUUUCGAAUUUCUAAGCAGGAUCUGAAACACAAAUCAGCACACACAUAGUUGUUACAGUUGCAAUAUUUUGAGAAAUUAUACAAAUCUUAAGAAUUCCCUGCACAUUCCAACUCAAGGUCCGCAAAUCCUUAAUACAAAAGACAACAACUUUCCAACUCUUAAAUAUAUUUGAGCACAAAAAACAAGGCAUGACAAAAAUACUAGCAUGUACUACUCAACUAAAACUUAGGUUAAGC